AUGCCGGGCAGACUCGCUGGGAAGAACGCCGUCAUCACGGGCGCUGCAGGCGGCAUCGGACUCGAGAGUAGCAUUUUGUUCGUACGCGAGGGCGCCUCGGUCCUGAUGACCGACAUCAACGCCGCCGCGCUUGAGGCCGCCGUGGCCAAAGUCAAGGCAGCCAACCCCAACGCUCCCGGCCGCGUCGAGACACGUGUAGUGGACGUUUCGGAGGAGCCUGAAGUCUCCGCGGCCGUUGGCCAUCUAGACAGCUGGGGCGGCCUCGACGUCAUGUUCAACAACGCCGGUAUCAUGCACCCCAAGGACGGCGACGCGGAGGAGUGUCCCAACAGCAUCUGGGACCUCACCAUGAACAUCAACGUCAAGGGUGUCUGGUACGGUAGCAAGCACGCCGUCGCGUCCCUGAGGAGGCACAACAAGAAGAACGGCAGCAUCAUCAACACGGCCAGCAUGGUGUCCAUCGUCGGUAGUGCCACCCCUCAGGUGGCGUAUACUGCCAGCAAAGGCGCCGUCAUGGCUCUGACGAGGGAGCUUGCUAUUGUCCACGCGCGCGAGGGCUACCGGUUUAACUCUCUGUGCCCAGCGCCUCUCAACACCCCCAUGCUUCAAGAGUUUCUGGGCGACGACAAGGCCAAGCGUCAUCGCCGAGAGGUUCAUUUCCCCACCGGUCGCUUCGGAGAGGCCGUCGAGCAGGCCCAGGCGGCCCUAUUCCUUGCAUCCGACGAGAGCAGCUUCGUCAUUGCUCACGAUCUGGUCGUCGAUGGUGGUCUGACCAAGGCGUACGUCACACCCGAAGGGCCGCCGGUCAAUGCGCCUAAGAACCUGGGCACUCAAUAG